AUGCAAGAAAUGGGAGAGGAAAGGGUGUCUGAAGGUGUAAUCAAGGAGAAUUUGUGGAGAUUGCAAAGAGGGAAAGGGGUGAUUAAUUUCACGCUGCAGUGGCUUUCCUCUUUCUCUGACCAUAGUGCUUCUGGGGCCGUGCUCCUGCAAGCGCUGAACCGGAGAAGUCCUUCGCUUCGGCGAAACGCGUUCAUCCUCCUCCUCCUGUAUUUGGAGACCCUUGUCGUAGGGUACGAGUAUGGCCGAGACCUAUGGAAGCGCGAUGUCCGGUCAGCGUUACGUGAGGGCUUAAAGGAGCCCCGGCAACCGGAGCCCGCUCCGCCCCGCGGCGAGGAGGCCGCGGAGGAGGGCGGCGGGCGGCGGCCGGGGGUGGACGCCCCGCCGCCCAAGGAGAACCCGUGGACGAGGCGCAGACCCGCGCGGGACAGCCCCUCGCCGCCCGCGGCCGACGGGCAGCUCGUCCCGCAGGACCCAGAACUACAAAAUUCCACUAAAGUUAUAAAAGCAGUGAAACCCAGGACAAGGAAAUGCAGCAAGGCUGAUGAUUUUGGUGAUAUCACAAACUGGCCAACACCAAGUGAAAUAGCGAACAAUGAAUGUAAGACUGUAAGUCACAGUAAGAAGCCAACAAAUAAAAGAGAAAAGGAGGAGAAAUCUGAUCAAAAAAGCAAUAACGGAAUCAAGGACAACCCAGAGGCAAAGCCAGAUGGUCCAGGAGAUAAUAUUAGCGAAGAUGAAGCUCACACUAAUAACCAAAGGAAAAAAGGCAACAAGCAGAAAUGGGUGCCACUUCACCUGGAUGAUGUACGGUCAGACAGUCAAGAAAGACCAGGCUCUCGAACUAGCUCAAGAUUUCUGCUGGAAACAAACAAGUUAAUACCUCAUAACAACAGACGGAAUGAGACAAGAAAUUGGCGUCGUGAUAGAGAAAAGAGAGAUGAUCAUGAUGAAGUGUGCAGCGUGAGAAGUGAGGGUGGCAGUGUUCGAGGAUCCUCCAGAGGCAGAGGAAGAGGUAGAGGCAGAGGAAGAGGACGAGGCAGAGGAAACCCUAGAAUGAACUUUGAAUAUUCAGUUGGUUAUCAAGAACUGUAUGGGGAAGGAACUGACCAAGUAUUUCAACCUGAGCUUAAUGCUAGUGUGAUGUAUUACUAUGGUGAUGGAACAGGAGUGCAGAUGUAUUCUGUGGAUGAAGCACUUCUCAAAGAAUAUAUAAAACAUCAAAUUGAGUAUUAUUUCAGCACAGAAAAUUUGGAAAGAGACUUCUUUCUGAGGAGAAAGAUGGACCAACAAGGAUUUCUGCCUGUUUCAUUGAUUGCUAGCUUCCGUCGGAUGCAAGCUCUCACUACAAAUGCUGCACUCAUUUUGGAGGCCCUAAAGGACAGUACAGAAGUUGAAACUGUGGAUCAGCGGAUAAGAAAAAGGGUUGAUCCAGAAAAGUGGCCAAUUCCAGGUCCUCCUCCUUGCAGUCUGCCACCGACUGACUUUUCUCAGCUCAUCAAUUGUCCAGAAUUCAUACCAGGCCAAAUUUUUGGCUCACAUACUGAGUCUGCACCAAGUUCUCCAAGAGUGGGAAGCCCACUGAGUCCAAAGGAAAACACGGAAAUGAAUAAUUUUCAGACAAUGUCUAAAGGAUUGUCUACAAGUUUGCCUGAUUUGGACUCUGAACCUUGGAUAGAAGUGAAGAAGAGGCAUCGUGCAUCCACGGUCAAACUAAAGGAAAGUGUUCCUAUACCUGAUCAAACAUCAGAUCCACAACAGCCACCCCCGCCUCCAGAGGAACAAGAACAAGAGGAACUUGAUUUUUUGUUUGAUGAAGAGAUGGAACAAAUUCAAGGUCGGAAGAAUAAAUUUACUGAUUGGUCAGACAGCGAUUCCGAUUAUGAAAUUGAUGAUCAGGACGUAAACAAGAUUUUGAUUGUAACACAGACACCACCGUAUAUGAGAAAACAUCUUAGUGGAGAUCGUACUGGCAACCAUGUAUGCCGUGCAAAAAUUACAUCAGAACUUGCCAAAGUUAUUAAUGAUGGCUUAUACUAUUAUGAACAGGAUUUGUGGAUGGAGCAGAGUGAAAAUGACACUAUGAUGAAGCAAGAGAUUGAGAACUUUAAGAAGCUAAAUCUCAUUAGCAAGGAAGAAUUUGAUAAUCUUGCACCAGAACCAAUUGCUGAUCUAGCCCAAGAAGUUCCUCCAGGACCUCCAGGGUUACAGAAAGGUUUAGCAGAGGAGCUGGCUUGUAAUUUGUUAAGUACUGAAGUACCUCCGACAGCAGCAAUAGCUCGAUCGCUGCCAACAGCAGUUCCAGAUUCCCCCUGCGUUCACCCUGGCUUCACCCCACGAACACCUCGCACCCCGAGGCUACAGGAUCCCAACAAAACACCCAGGUUCUACCCUGUCGUUAAAGAGGCACGAUCCAUUGACGUAAAGACUCCCAGAAAAAGAAAAACACGACACAGUACAAAUCCUCCCUUAGAAUGCCACGUUGGUUGGGUGAUGGAUUCCAGAGACCACAGACCAAGAACUUCUUCUGUGAGCAGUUCCAAUGCUUCGCCUUCAGAAGGAGCUCCACUAACAGGAAGUUACGGGUGUACCCCAAAUUCUCUUCCAAAAUUUCAGCAUCCUUCUCAUGAACUGUUAAAGGAAAAUGGCUUUACUCAGCAGGUGUACCACAAAUACCGUCGAAGGUGUCUAAUGGAGAGGAAACGGUUGGGAAUUGGCCAGUCCCAAGAAAUGAACACACUUUUUCGUUUCUGGUCCUUUUUUCUGAGAGAUCACUUUAACAAGAAAAUGUAUGAAGAAUUCAAACAACUUGCUCUAGAGGAUGCAAAAGAACACUACAGGUAUGGAUUGGAAUGCUUGUUUCGAUUUUACAGCUAUGGCCUAGAAAAGAAAUUCAGGGAAGAAAUAUUCAAGGAUUUCCAAGAAGAAACAAAGAGAGACUAUGAAGCUGGUCAGCUAUAUGGACUGGAAAAAUUUUGGGCUUAUCUAAAAUACUCUCAGCACAAGACUCCAACCAUUGACCCCAAACUGCAAGAAUACCUUAGUAAAUUUAAGAGACUGGAGGACUUCAGAGUGGAUCCUCCUAUUGGUGAAGAAUCUGGCAGAAAGAGACCGGUUGCUGCAACAGGUGAGGAUUCCGGUCAUCGCAGACAUCAGUCCAAUUCUUCUAAAACGCUUCUUGCCGCUAAACCCACGGCUGUCUGUCAGUCCCACGCACAGGGGAACGUUACCAGUGGGAAUGUUGUGCAAGUGUCCAUAGGCCGUAAUAAUGCUGCCACAAAAUCUAUAGAAAGUGACAUACCAGAAAAAUAGACUUAAGAUGAGUUUGUGCCCUUGAGAAUCAACUUUUACAUCACUCUUAAUUUGGAGAUCUUCAAGGCGAGCCAAUCUAAUACAUGAUUAAAAAUGUAUGGGAAGACAAAGGAUUGGAUUCUCUUUCUCACAGGAUUUAGUUCCAAAACACUUACCCUAGGAGAGUUGCUUUUGGUUUUGGGAUCAUCGGAAGGAUCCUAGGGAAGAAUCUUUGGCUUCAGUAUUGCUUUCCUCAAGCUUUUGUUUACAAAGAACUGCAUUCCUUGUAUAUGCAAAAAAUACUUUGGGGAUGCCUUACAUUUCAGCUCGUAUUUCUUAAAAAAAGUGUGAAGAAAAACAACUUGAAAGAAUGUAAAGCUGUAGAUUUGCAUGUGAAUUUCUGCUGCUUCUGGUGCACUAAG